AGGACCGGCCCUGCUAUAAAAGCAACUGGCUGGUGGGCCGUUCUCUCACUCUUGGAGGUUCAUUACUCGGUUCUGCACCACAGAGGGCAGAGAGGAACACCAACACGAGCAAAAGCUGGCAGGCUGACGCGAACGAACAGCUUUACAGGACGGAUUAUCUGGUAACUGACCAUUUAGCUGUGGCACACUCGGACUCCGUGUAAAAGUGGGAUUUCGACCAUGAGCUCUGUUGCCGUACUUACGCAAGAAAGCUUCAAUGAACACCGCAGCGGCCUCCUGCAAGAGCAGGUUUGUGCCUCCCAGGGAGGGCCUGGCAGCUCGGACGAUGAGGGAUCCUUGCCUACCUACAAGGAGGCCUUCCCCCCUCUUCCCGAGAAGGCAGCUUCACCUGAAGGGGCACUGGAGCCUGCCAACGCCUGGACAAAGAUCAAACCCAUCCGGUCCUCCAUCAUCACCCAGGUUUUCCACGUACCCCUGGAAGAGCGCAAGUAUAAGGACAUAAACCAGUUUGGGGAGGGGGAUGAUCAGGCCAAGAUCUGUGUGGACAUCAUGCAGAAAACUGGAGCCCACCUGGAGCUCUCCAUGGCCAAGGAUCAGGGCCUUUCCAUCAUGGUGUCUGGGAAACUUGAUGCCGUCAUGAAGGCCCGUAAGGAAAUAGUCUCCAGACUGCAGACUCAGGCCUCUGCUACUGUGGCCAUCCCGAAGGAGCAUCACCGUUUUGUCAUUGGCAAGAAUGGGGAGAAGCUGCAGGAGCUUGAGCUAAAGACUGCCACCAAGAUUCAGAUCCCACGGCCUGAUGACCCCAGUAAUCACAUCAAAAUCUCCGGCACCAAGGAAGGCUUGGAGAAGGCCAAGCACGAGAUCCUUCUCAUCUCAGCUGAGCAGGACAAGCGUGCUGUGGAGCGGCUGAAUGUGGAGAAGGUGUAUCAUCCCUUCAUCACUGGUGCCCACAACAAGGUGGUGAGCGAGAUGAUGCAGGAAACGGGUGCUCGGAUCAAUGUCCCUCCGCCCAGUGUCAACAAGACUGAGAUUGUCAUCACUGGGGAGAAGGAACAGGUGGCUCAGGCUGUGGUUUUGAUCAAGAAGGUUUAUGAAGAAAAGAAGAAGAAUGCCACCACUAUUGCGGUGGAAGUGAAGAAGUCUCAACACAAGUAUGUGAUCGGCCCCAAGGGCAACACCUUGCAGGAGAUUCUGGAUAAGACGGGCGUCUCGGUCGAGAUCCCACCCACUGACAGCAGCUCUGAAACAGUUAUCCUCCGUGGAGAGCCAGACCGGCUGGGCCAGGCUCUUACGGAGGUCUAUGCCAAGGCCAACAGCUACACUGUAGCCUCUGUCUCGGCACCUUCCUGGCUUCAUCGCUUCAUUAUUGGCAAGAAGGGGCAGAACUUGGCCAAAAUCACCCAGCAGAUGCCCAAGGUGCACAUAGAGUUCACAGAAGGGGAGGAUAAAAUCAUCCUGGAGGGCCCCACUAAGGAUAUGCAGCAGGUCCAGAGCCAGAUCGAAGCCAUUGUUUUGGACCUGGUAAGACGCAUGGAUUACACCGAGAUCUCUGUUGAUCCUAAAUUUCAUCGACACUUGAUUGGGAAAGGUGGUGCCAACAUUAACCGUAUCAAGGACCAGUACAAGGUGUCGGUGCGGAUCCCCCCUGAUAAUGAGAAGAGCAACCUGAUCCGCAUUGAAGGGGACCCCCAGGGUGUACAGGAGGCUAAGAAGGAGCUGUUGGAGCUAGCGUCACGCAUGGAGAACGAGCGUACAAAGGACCUGAUUAUUGAACAGCGCUUUCAUCGAACUAUCAUUGGGCAGAAAGGGGAGAAGAUAAAAGAAGUCCGGGAUAAGUUCCCUGAGGUUAUCAUUAACUUUCCUGACCCGACGCAGAAGAGUGACAUUGUGCAGCUGCGUGGCCCCCGGACUGAGGUGGAGAAGUGUACCAAAUUCAUGCAGAAAAUGGUGGCUGAAAUGGUGGAGAACAGUUAUUCUGUUUCAGUUCCCAUCUUCAAACAAUUCCACAAGAACAUCAUUGGAAAAGGAGGAGCAAACAUCAAGAAGAUACGUGAAGAAACGAACACUAAGAUUGACCUGCCAGCAGAAAACAGCAACUCUGAGGUCAUAGUCAUUACUGGGAAGAAAGCAAACUGCGAAGCUGCCAGGAGCCGUAUUCUAGCCAUCCAGAAAGAACUGGCGAACAUCACCGAGGUAGAGGUUUCCAUUCCCUCCAAGCUGCACAAUUCCCUGAUUGGUUCCAAGGGCCGCUUUGUGCGCUCCAUCAUGGAGGAGUGCGGUGGAGUGCACAUCCAUUUUCCCACUGAGGGCUCCGGCAUUGAUACGGUAACCAUCCGUGGCCCGGCUGAGGAUGUGGAGAAGGCACGCCGCCAGCUCCUCUCGCUGGCCGAGGAGAAACAAACUAAAAGUCACACGGUGGAGUUGCGUGCCAAGCCAGAAUACCACAAGUUCCUGAUCGGCAAGGGUGGUGGGAAUAUCCGGAAGGUGCGUGAUAGCACAGGAGCUCGCAUCAUCUUCCCCACACCGGAGGACAAGGACCAGGAGCUCAUCACGGUGGUGGGCACCGAGGAGGCAGUGCGUGAAGCCCAGAAGGAGCUGGAGGCCCUUAUCAAAAACCUGGACAAUGUGGUUGAAGACUUCAUGACUGUGGACCCCAAGCACCACCGCUACUUUGUUAUCCGGCGUGGCCAGGUUCUGAGGGACAUUGCCGAUGAGUAUGGGGGCGUCAUGGUCAGCUUCCCUCGCACGGGGUCCCAGAGUGACAGGGUCACACUGAAGGGAGCCAAAGACUGUGUCGAGGCUGCCAAGAAGCGCAUGCAGGAGAUCAUCGAGGACCUGGAUGCACAGGUGGUCAUGGAGUGUGUGAUUCCCCAGAAGUUCCAUCGCUCCAUCAUGGGUCCUAAGGGCUCACGGAUCCAGCAGAUCACCCGUGAUCACAAUGUACAGAUCAAGUUUCCAGAGCGAGAGGAUACUCAAGCUGCCACAGCUGAGCAGCCCGUCCAGGAAAACGGUGUGGCUAAUGGGGAAGUAAAAGAAGCAGCUGACCCUGCCACUCCCAAUAAGCGUGAUGUCAUUGUCCUGUCUGGCCGCAAGGAGAGGUGCGAGGCGGCUGUGGAGGCUCUAAAGGCUUUGGUGCCUGUCACUGUGGAAGUGGACGUCCCCUUUGAUCUUCACCGUUACAUCAUUGGCCAGAAGGGAAGCGGGAUCCGCAAGAUGAUGGAUGAUUACGAGGUUAAUAUCCAAGUGCCUGCUCCUGAGCUACAUUCUAAUAUAAUAACUGUUACUGGCCUGGCCUCCCUCUUGGACCGGGCUAAGGAGGGCCUCCUGGAGCGCGUGAAAGAGCUCCAGGCUGAGCAGGAAGAGAGGGCCCUCAGAAGUUUCAGGCUGACCAUCACUGUGGACCCCAAGUAUCACCCAAAGAUCAUUGGGCGCAAGGGUGCCAUCAUCACUCAGAUCCGCAAUGAGCAUGACGUUAACAUUCAGUUCCCAGAAAAGAAUGAUGAGAACCAGGAUCAGAUUACCAUCACUGGCUACGAGCGCAACGCUGAAGCAGCGCGUGCCGCGAUCCAGCGCAUUGUGGACGAGCUGGAGGAGAUGAUCUCGGAGGAUGUCACCCUGGACCACCGUGUCCACGCCCGGAUCAUCGGGGCCCGUGGCAAGGGCAUCCGCAAGAUCAUGGACGAGUUCAAGGUGGACCUGAAGUUCCCCCAGACUGGAGCCGCUGACCCCGAUGUUGUGACCGUCACUGGGCUUCCUGAGAACGUGGAUGAAGCCAUUGACCACUUGCUUAACCUAGAAGAGGAAUAUAUGGCAGAUGUUGUGGAGAAUGAAGCCAAGCAGGCCUAUAUGAAGCCUCGGGGGGCUUCAGCUGUGGAAGAACCACGUGGACCAUCCAAGGGCUUUGUGGUGAGAGAGGCACCCUGGGCUUCUGCAAGCAGUGAGAAGGCACCUGACAUGAGCAGUUCUGAAGACUUCCCCAGCUUUGGGGCACCUAUGGCUCCCAAAUCCUCUCCAUGGGGUCCCAAGCGUUUCUAACCUGGAAGUUUAAGAUGGAUACAGGACAUCCACCCCCACCCCAUCUCCCCCCCACAGCCCUCCCUCUCUCUCUAUUUUUCUCUCUCUCUCUCUCUCUUACCUCUGACGCUGACCUCGACCCUUAACUCAUUCCUGCAGCAGCCCAUGAAAUGUGGACCUCCCUCCACAACUUGAUACUUGUUCUUCAGGAAGCCAUGUUCUUUCCAAGUAUAAAAUAUUGUGCUGUCUAAUGGUGAAACUGCUCUUUAAUUCUAAGCUGUUGCUAAGGUGAUGGAACACACUUGCUAAGGUUCAGUGAACUGCCUGAGUUGCCUUGGAAACAGAUGUUGGGGUUUUUUUUUUUACUUUGAUCUAGCAAGUGAGCUCUUGAUUUUGCACUUUCUCAAUGAAGCAAAGUUUACCACCACUUUCAUAAGUAAUGGGCUGGUUGUUACAACCACCUGUAAUCAUACAGACCCUCUUACUGUGUUGUCUGUGUACCCCUAGGGUGCACUGAGGAAAGGCCUGGCUUAACUGGCUAAUGUUGUUAACCAGGCUUAAUUUCAUAAGAUGCAAUCUUGCUGCCAGGGUCCUAGAAAAAAACCUGUUGCUGAAUUGAAGAAUUUGCAUUUGCUAAAGCAGCAAGGAAAUUGAGCAAGUAAUACACUACAGAGCCAUAUUUCACUUCUAAACUGCCAGGUCCUUUGUUUUAUAUUCGGAAGCUGCUACUUUUGUCCAGUUCCAGGGACCCAGAAUUCUACAGGGUCAGUGUGCUGCCCUUAUUGUGUACAUUACUGCCCUCCUACAGCUCAAUGUUUGUAACUUGAUACUCAAGACUGGUUGUCUUCUGUUUCUGGCCUGCUCAUUCUAGUCAUGUGAAGCUGCAACUGUUGUGCAGCCUCUGUCCCCGCCCCUUCUGAGAGUCAGUGUCCAAUCCCCUUUUUCUUGUCUUCCAGUUGCUGGGCAGAUUCUUGUUUCCAUGGCAACAACCCUCUUAUCAGCCUUAAAAAUCAAAGAUGAACAAUAUGCAAAAAUGAAG